UACUUGACAUCCGAGGAUCCAAAGGUUCCCACCAAACAUUUGAACACUUCCCAUAUGGCCCCAGUCAACAUCCCUCAAGGGGGGACCCUGUGGGACCGGUUCCUACGCCUAGAUGACCCGGAUCAAUUGAGAACGCAAACACGCCGCACGCUUCUUCAAGGCCGGCAUCCUGAUCAAACCUACAUCAAUGAAUUAAUUGACCGCCCCAGAAAUUACGACAUACGUCGGCGAAUUCUGCUCUACGCUGGGCGGCAGGCUGCCGCCUCGUUCCGAAUUGCCAUCCCCAAGAAUGAAACCGAAGUACAGGAGAUAGCUGAUUCAGCUGUUUUCUAUGAGCCGUUCAACUACUGGGAUUGGGUUGGCCACUAUUACCACUUUGCGAGCCGCGAAGCCCCCCGGGACCACUCAGGAUUGACAAGUAGCCGAAAAAGGAGAUUGCUUUGGGAAAGAGAGCGAACUUUUUUUAAAAAGGACGACAAUUACCCUGGAACAGAACGCCAAAAGUGGAGACAUAUCAGACAUUACCACCCUACGCCACCACAACAGUGGGACUCGUUCAAAAGCCAAGUGGAACGACACGAAAACAAGAGGAGUGCAGUAACAAGGCUUGCGCUCGCAGGGUGGAUGGAUGGAGGUGAUCUUGAUUGGGUGGUCAAAAAUCUUCACAAUUUGCGAUUCCUCGAUCUGAGUCUCAUUAACAGCGAAUUUUUAUUAAACAGGCUGGAGGACGAAAGCCCACUUGACUCUCAAAUGAAACUUUUUCCCAGUAGCGACAACCGCGUCCGUACGCUCGCGCAAUUGUUACGGCAGCUGGACUGGCUCGGUAUUCCUGACUCUCGUUGCAUUGACGCCGAAUUUCGCAAUAUACUCAAAGAAUGCACCAAUCUCCAGACACUAUCUGUGAGAGGAUUAUACGACGGAGACUUCGAUUCUCGACUCAAUUACCAUCAUGAAAACGUAUACUUCUUCACCCAAUGGGUAGUCGAUAUCAUACCUGACUCAGUGCUGAACCUCGAGCUGCGUGUAGCCAUCGGGUUCAUGCCUCUUCUCUUGAAAUACAUACGCAAAUCAAAACCGCACGUAAAGCGCGUCGGUAUAGACUUAGGAGCGUGGGUGCAAAUGUAUCCCUUCCGGUUUCAGUCGAGGAAACCUUUGAAAGAUCUCCAAAUAGGUGAAAAGGCUCAGGAUGCGGCACAAACCGCUGUCGACGCUGUUGCGACGUUUCCCUAUGUCGAAAACGUGAAUAUACCCUCAGUGCGAGAGAUAAUCCAUUCAUCAAAUGGAGAUGUUAUCGCAGCUCAUCGGAGAACUAUUGACGCAAUAUCACAAGUCAGUCGAGACGACAACAGUAGUUUCUUCUGCGACAAAAGUGGCACGCCGUUUGAUCCCCGCGUCGCCAAUACUUCGGAAUGUGAUGGCAAAUGUAACAUUGAUGGCAUUCAUGAAGAGUUGGAUGGAAGAAAUAGAGCUACAACGCUGUCGAGGAUGCUCAGGAAACUUCAUCAUGCGUUUACGUCAGUGGAACAUAUUGAGCCCUAUGCGCUUCAACCAGAGGCAAAGGCCCGAAGUACUGACCCUUUGAAUCCGUUCACGCUCGUUCAAGAGCGAACUUACACGCAUGAGGAUCAUGGUAGCAAUUUUGACGGUCAACUCACAGAAGAGAUUUAUCGGUGGCUAGGUGCAUAUCUGAAGUGGCAGCCAGUCUUUGACUGGGACCGGCUGUUUAAUGUGCACAGAGUCGAAGAAUAUGAAGAUGUUGACGCUAGGGAUUCACCCGUUCCAGAGCAAUUAGAGCGUGUAACAUUUUGCUUCCAGAUAAUGAACAAGGCGAAGAUUCCAGUCCAUAUCCUUAUCGGUCGGCGUGAUCCUCGGAGGUCCAGCUGUUACUGGGGGUGGCCAUACACAGAGCAAGACUGGAGAGCCAAGCUUGAAGAGGACGAAGGCAACAGCAUCUUCACAGGUAAUCUGCAUCUUGCUGCGCCGUACGUGAAUACCCUGAGCGUUUUCUACGAUAUCAGGAACCCACUGGAUCGGGACCGUCUGGCAGAGCUAGAGGGAAUAGAAUCAGAAGAGAAGCUACCUGGAAACUGUCCCAAACGCAAGUGCCCGUGGGAUGACGAUCGGCCUUGUCCAUUCGGCCGAUUGCAUUCCCUAGGCCCAAGCACGCAGACGAGGGCAAGCAAGAGUGCAAUUGCACCGGAGGUAAAGCUUGCUCCGAUGUUCGAAGGAGACCCACCACCCGGUAAGAUUCCAGACCUGCAUUCUCAUGGGGACCAAGACCCAGAUCAUCACGGGCGAUCAAUGCAUGGUGUGGCUCGUAAUGCAGUCUUUGCUCGCGAAAUGUAUGGCUGGCACCGUUUCUGGAACACGAUGGCCUCACAAUUCACCGGGUUAACAAUGUUGCGUGUGCGCAUGCCACAAUACUUUGACAGAAUCUGGUCUUAUCGACUCGCGAGAUUACUCAAGCCGGAGAUUGGGUGGGAAGCUAUAUUGUAUACGAAUGAGGUGGAGCACGCACAAACCGAACUGGAUUUGAUCGAAAAAGCGGGGGGGGAUAGCUUAAGACCAGAAAAGUUUAGGCAUGAGAAGCUGAUGCAGAAAUGGUCCGCUGGACCGUUUGUCCGAAGGACGUGGGUAUGGCGAGAAUACAGCCCAGGAGAAAAAGGAACCGAUUUCGAUCCCGCUCCGCGGAAGCGUCAAAAUUGGGGGUAUCGGGUCGGAGCCUACUUUAAGACGGACAUAGAUUCUCUUGAGAAGGCGCAGGCUGAUAAAGCUAAAAAACUCGCUCAGAGAUGUGCGAAUAUCGAAGGUGGGAGGCUUGAUGAACUUUUUAUUGACCCCAGCCAAGGGCCUGGGUCCACUCGUCAAGCCCAGCAAGCAGGAGUCACCCAACCUUCCUUCACUUUCCCGCCAAUCUCUAGCGUAUAUGUUCAGCAUCUCCGUAACAUUGCGGGAGAUCAAUAUCGUGCCAUACUCCAACAGUAUGCUACGAUUGUCGAAGAGUCUCCCCAUCAUGCAUCACAUCUCUCUCUUAUGCUGCGCAGGUAUGCGUCUCGGCCCCCUCCUUAUCAUACAAUUUUCCGACGACCAGACAAUCUCUAUGUGGAAGAUAUUGGGCUGGUACCAGACCAAGUGUCUGACAAUGAAAGCACUUCCGACUCUCCGCCAGGACAGAAUGAUACAGCUUCAACGGCCACCGCGUCUGCGCAAGGACCAACAGUCCCAACCGGGCCACCUCCAGGAGGAAAUGCGCCUACACAAACGUCAACUGCUCCAAACGCACCACCAACUUCGGAAGAAAACACGAACGGUUCGGUUCAGUCUACGUCGGCGGAAAUCCCAGAUAGUCAAAACCAGUCUGCAGAACCAACAGAGGACGAGCUAGAGCCGCCAGAGAACCCAAAAAGCCCACGUAAGCGCAUACCCGACAACGAGGGUGAUGAUGCUAUAAAUAUGAAGACUUCUACGGUCGAGAGUGUGAGUAUUACCCAGGCUGCCUCCCAACUUGAAAAUCCCGAGGCAUUUGACCCUGGCACGGCCGCUAUCGCUGUCACUCAAACAACUGUCCAUGCUUCUCAACGAACUGCUACCACAGCUGCUAUCAUUAGAACUGCCGCAUCGUUGCGCUCCCCGCGAAAGAAGCCGGGAAAAGCAGCGAAAGGCACAGUGGCAAGUGGAGGAACCGAUGCACGUUUGACAACCACGGCAGACGCAGACGAGAGUGGGAAGAAAAAACCCAAAACUACAGUUACUCGAGGCAGAGAAGCUACAGACAGUGGAUCCAAUGACCCACCACCGCCCGCGCGGUCAACUAGUGCAAAAGCGCCAACGCGAAGGGGUGCUGGACGGCCCGUUAACUCUGGUGAUCCGGAGAUUGAUAAUAGUCAGUAUGCAACGGAAACGGUGGCGGUAUUGAAGCAGAGGUUAGCCAGCAGAAGUCUUACGGCGAAGGGGAACAAGCCGGAUCUUAUCAAAGCGUUAAUUGAGGAUGAUAAGGCUCACCAGGGUGGUGGGAAUGGAACCGCAAGCGGAAGUGGAAGUGAGGGUGGGACUAGUAGGAAACGUGGAGCGAAACGUGGGAAGAAAGGUGCACAGAAGCGUAGAAAGAAGAAUGCCGGCGAUGGUUAUGUUGAAGAUACGCGAGAGGAGGAGGAGGAGGAGGAUGAUGAUGAUGAUGAUGAUGGAAAUGAAUAA